UGACCGGGUCCUUGAGGCCGGGGCGUGGGCCGCGGCCGGCGGCCGCGCUUGCGCGCGCGCCUCCCCGCCGCGCCGGCCGGCCGCCCGCGCGCCGCGCCGUAGUCACCACUCGCCACGUGAGCGGCCAGAGAGGUCGGUCGGCGCCGGCGCGGCUCCCGCUGUCGGUCUGUUCAGUCUGCAACGUGCUCGACGCCAUCCGCCAUGACUGAAGCGGCGGGGGACGGCGGCAGCGCCGACGGAGGCAAGAAGGUGACGCUGAUGAACGGCGUGACCCUCAUCGUGGGGUGCAUCAUCGGCUCCGGCAUCUUCGUGUCUCCUACCGGCGUGCUGGCCAACGCCGGCUCGGUCGGCGUGGCGCUGAUCCUGUGGGGCGUCUGCGGCGUCAUCUCCACGCUGGGCGCGCUCUGCUACGCCGAGCUGGGCUGCUGCAUCCCGCGCUCCGGCGGCGACUACUCGUACAUCCUGGAGAUAUUCGGCCCGCUGCCGGCCUUCCUGCGCCUCUGGGUCGGUCUGGUGGUGAUACGACCGAGCCUCUCCGCCAUCGUGGCGCUCACCUUCGGAGAAUACGCCGUGAAGAGGAUCUACCCUGACUGUCCGGUGCCAGGAAGUCUUACGAAGCUUUUGGCAGCUAUCUGCAUCUCCAUCCUGACGUUCGUCAACUGCAUGAGCGUGCGCUGGGCGAUGCGAAUUCAGGACGUCUUCACGGCUGCAAAGCUCAGCGCUCUGGUGGCGAUCAUCCUCGUGGGAUUGGCUUACAUCGGAAUGGGUCACAGCGAACACCUGCAGCCGGCCACGGCUUUUGAGGGCGAGGUGACGGUCGGGGGCACGGCUUUGGCUCUCUACUCCGGCCUGUUCGCCUACGCUGGCUGGAACUUUCUCAACUUCGUCACCGAGGAACUGCAAAACCCAUACAGGAACCUGCCUCGCGCCAUCGGCAUGGCCAUGCCCAUUGUGACGCUGGUGUACGUGGCCGCCAACGUGGCCUACUUCUCCGUGGUCUCGCCGAAGGAAAUGCUCGCCUCCCCAGCCGUGGCAGUGUCGUUUGGCGACAAGACGUUCGGCGUGAUGGCCUGGUGCGUGCCCGUCUUCGUGGCCCUCUCCACCUUCGGCAGCGUCAACGGCAUCAUCUUCACGUCGUCGAGACUGUUCUUUGUGGGCGCCCAGGAGGGCCAGCUGCCCGCCCUGCUGUCGUUCGUGCACACGGAGCGCGGCACGCCCGUUCCGGCGCUGCUGACACUGUACGGCCUAUCUCUGGUGAUGGUGGCGCUCGGCGACAAUGUAUUCCAGCUCAUCGACUACGUAUCGUUUGUGCUGUGGUCGAUGGUGGGCGGUGCCGUGGCUGGCCAGCUCUGGUGGAGAUACAAGAAGCCGGACCUUAUUCGUCCGAUCAAGUUCAACAUCACCAUCCCGAUCGUCUUCUUCUGCGUCUGCGUGUUUCUGGUGGCAGUGCCGCUGAUCGUUCAGCCAUUCAACGCCGGAAUGGGUGCGCUGAUCGCCCUCUCUGGCAUUCCCGUCUACCUGAUUGGUGUCAAGUGGACGAACAAGCCCAAGUGGCUCCUGCAAGCCGACCACCGGAUAACGAAAGCCUUGCAAAAGCUGCUGAUGGUCGCUCCGCAGCGUGAGGACAAGCCGGAGCCGCUGCUUCCCAUGGACGAGAAGCCGGUGCCGGCCUGAGCCCGCGUCUGAGCGCCGCGGCAGAACCGACGCAUCUGUCCGCAUAUCUCAUACCGGCGAUCGAAUGGCCAAGGCGCGCGACCACACUUAUUUCAGCGCAACGGUUCUAUUAAAACAGUGAUUUGUUAAGCUAUGUGUCCAGCAGUUUGGACGAUCGCUAUGUUCUGUGCCAUUGGAUGUGUUCAACCUGUGUUCAAAUGGUCAUCAGCGUGGUGCCAGUCUUCUGCUUAAUGUGUUCAUAUCGUGAGCUGGUUCUAAGCAAUCUAUCUUACAACCUUAGGAAAGUCCCAGUUUUAGCGGCACAUAGGGUUUUGUCCUAUUCGCAUUUUACCAUUUGCUUUCCCUGGGCUGUGAACUUCACCUAGAGGAUCAUGAAUGCCUAUUAUCAGAUUUUUUACUCCAUGGAGCGCGCUGUUUUUUUACAUUGAAAGCUGAAACUAGAAAUACGCCGUCAUCAUCCAACAAACAGCACGAUUUCCAACUUGAACAUAUUCAAACCGAGAAGUUACUUCUCUAAACCCAUGUUAAGAUUAUAUUCAUCUCACUUAAUUUUUAAAUCUAUCACAAAAUUGGUGUGCUCUGAUUACGGUCACAACUUAAGCGAUUUAAGACGUCUCACAUACAGGCAACAACAUGGGGAACUUCUGGAAACGCUUGAAUGUUUCUCAUGCUUGAGUCAUGUUCACGACAUGACAUGUCGAUGCAAAGGUCUGCAGCAGGUCAGAAAAUUAUUGCACUUUCCAAAAGUCAAGUAAUUUUCUUCAGCCGUUUCUAAACAGUAUUCUUGCGCACGAAAGUAAUGCCACGUUCUUCUCAUAUGUGAUGUGUCGACUUGAAGUAUGGUGAAUAAUGCCUGGGCACAUACCUAAAGGAAAAGGGUCACCUUUAACAUGGGGUUUGAAACUGAGAUGGCCAUCUUGAAGCCCGUGUCCGAAAACUCCGAGAGUGUCCCACCUUACGGCCGAUUUCGGCCUCCAUUUGUAGGUAUCAGCAAUUUUAAAAGAAAAUAUGCCAGGAAUGCGUCCUUAUCCCAGGAAUGCGUUCUUAUCCUGUAGUACAGCCACCCGCGGCGAGGCUUUGGUUUUUAACCAAUCAGCUCCAAUCAGCUCAGCUUUAACCAAUCAGCUAAUCUGACACAAGCCGACGAGACUGUCUUCUGAAGGCUGAUUGGCUUGAGUGUGAUGUCAUCGCUAUGACAUCAUACAGAAGGUGCGGUAGAGAGUACAAACAUAGUACCAAUAUGUUAAAUAGUUUGACAUACUUUUUUGCGAAUUAUGCACUUCUGGUACCAGAUUUAAAAAGAACAUGAAAAAUAAUAAUGUCAAAAUGAAAAGCAACGAUAUCUUCAUAUUUCACGAAGGUGGCACUUUUCCUUUAAUUGACAUCAAUUCGAAAAUAUUUACUCGGUACAGAAUUAUGUUCCUUUUUUCGCAGGCAAUCAGUUGCCUGAAUAGGUAGGCUGUGCCGCAAUGCACGGGCCGAGUUCACUGUUGAAUCCUGUGACACAAUGGUCACCAUAGCCACACUUAAUUGCGCGAUGAACGGUGCAACUUAGCGUUUUAUUCAACUGAUACCUUCUGAGGAGUGGAACAUCAUUCUGUAGUCAGCUAUACAUAUACAAUGCUUAGUUUUUCUCGCAGCAAACUCGUGACAAGGCUGAGUUCUGCGUUCAAAUCUUUGUCUGCUUCUUUUUUUUUAGGAAUCUUGAAAAUGGAAUAUGCUAUUUGUAUAUGAUAUGUAAUGCGAAAACUAACAGAAAGAUCCAAAUUCAUUUGCUUAUUGGGUCCCCUGGCCCGAUGGGUGUCGUUGCUGUUUCGCUCUAGCCGCGGAAUUUGAUUGAGAAGUAUCUACCGGGUGUGCAGCUGGCGCUACUGGCGCCGGUUCACCCAUCCGUGCGACUCAGUGCAGAACGCUCGCCGUGUCCUGAUAGUCAGCCUUGCAACGGGAGCGUAUUAACCUUAGAUGUGCUUGUAUGUAUAUAUGCUGCUGACACUAGCCUAUACAGGGACUUGUAAGAGGACCCGGUUUCCAUAACAAAGUGGAAAACCUGUGAGACUUACGGACCUCUGCAUGACAUCUAUCUGUCAUAUUAUGCACCCAAGGGACCAAUCAAAGCCUCGUGGCUGCCUUCCCAUGCUAUAGCUGUCAUGUGCUACGCCGUCGUCCGUCGAGUCCCGUUUGUUCGGGGCUGCAGGACUGUACGUGGCCGUUUCAUAUAGCCCAGGGUAGGCGCCACCUACAGCCGAAUUUCGGCAACGGUUGGACUGUGUCCACCAGAUCUAAGUAUCGGUCGCAGGACGUCUGCGCUGACCCCGGUGUGCAAGGCCACCUUAAAGGGACAUGUUCAUCUUGACAAAGUGAAGCUACUGAGUGCUAGUGCUGAAACACAGAUAUAAUAUAUGGAAAUUGCUAA